AUUCUAUGUAAAUUGAAUACAACAUAAAAUCCUAUUUUGAGAAAUUUAAGCUGAAACUUGAACAUUGUAACAUCGAAUAAAAACAGUAACAGCGUUCGAUCACAGUGAGAACAUUUUAUUAAUUAGAAGACACAUUAUCGUAAAUAUCUAGCUGAAUGGCGUAUAAUGCGAGACAAGUGAUACAAAAAAAUUCUAUGGUUAACAAAUAACGCGGUUAAGGUUAUGUUAUUUUUGAACUCUAAUUGUGACCCGCAGACAUUAGUUUAAACAGUAUAUUAAAUGAUUUUGAAGCUUCGCUUCGACCUUUGUUAUUAUUUAAGUGUAUAGUUGUAAUCAUAUAUAAUGAACGCAGAAUCUAGUGGCGCAAAUGAAGAACGCGCUUAUUUUUUAUCAGUUCUUUCAACAUUUAGAAGCUACAGAGAGCAGUCUUUGUCAAGGAUUAAGCGUAAAGAAACAUGUCUGGACAAUCUACCUUAUCACCACAAACAGUGGUUGAAAAAAUACAAAGAAGACUUGGAAGAAAUAACUAAAUGUAUAGAAAAGAAUUCGGAAUUUAUUCCCCUUGUUUUACGUCAAGCACACUGUAUAUUCGAAAAUGCAUACUCUACUGAAGUACCUUCUCAUUCUGAACAAAAUGUGGGAACCUUGUCAGAGGGUCUCGAUAAAGUUCAAAGUGUAUUCAAACAGCUUAUGCGUGACUGGAGUUCCUUAGGCGCCCUAGAGCGUAAACAGUGUUAUCAACCUAUCUUUGAAGAAAUAUUUGCUAAUUACCCCGAAGACAAAUUCGACAGGAGUAAUAUAAAAGUUUUGGUACCUGGCGCGGGUCUAGGAAGACUUGCUUUCGAAAUAGCUUCGAGAGGUUUUUUCUGUCAAGGAAAUGAAUUCAAUCUCUUCAUGUUAAUCGUAUCGUUUUUUGUACUGAAUCUUUGUAAAAAGGUCGACGAAUAUGAAAUAUAUCCGUGGAUUCAUCAAUAUUGCAACAAUCUCAAAGUGGAAGAUCAAAUGCUUUCAGUCAGAUUUCCUGAUGUAAUUCCUACGCCUACACCAGACAGUGGAUUUUCAAUGACGGCUGGAGACUUUUUAGAAGUUUAUACUCAUAGCGACGAGUGGCAUUGUGUUGCUACUUGUUUUUUCAUAGAUUGCGCCCCUAAUGUCGUUCAAUUUAUAGAAAAAAUAUAUUUGAUAUUAAAACCAGGAGGUUUAUGGGUAAAUCUAGGACCUUUGCUUUACCACUAUUCUGACAUGAAAAACGAGAAAAGUGUUGAACCCAGCUUUCAAGUUGUCAUGCAGGUCAUCAAGAAGGUCGGAUUUGAAUUAGAGAAAUGUGAGACUGAUUUGAAAACGAAAUACUGUCAAAACCCUAAGUCGAUGCUACAAUAUGAAUAUGACAGCGUAUUUUUCGUUUGCAGGAAACCAAUUUCGAUAGAUAACCACGAAACUGAUCCAAUUAACGGAUAUUGUGAUAUAGAAAGUAGCUUCAGUUCUUAAAGAAAUGUAUCUUAUUGGUGUCACAACAUGAUUAGAUUCUAGCACACUUCAAAAUAUCCAACGAUUAUUACUAUUGACUAGUCAAGUUGGUAAACGUAAUGUGGCAAUAAUUAUUUUAUAAGUGUGUCACUAGAUCGUUAUCUUUUUAUGUGCCUUGUUAAUUUUAUUUGCAGAAUUGAAAUGAGAGUUAUCCUAUAGUGGAAUCAACAUUAAGAUAGUAUGCAAGGUGACUAGAAACAAGAGAUGAUCUAUUUCAAUGUAAUGUAAUGCAGUUUGAAAAUACAUUGUAAAUAAGUUGAACCCUGGUGCAGUCCAUAGGCCCCCAACUGUACUUUCCCCGCAGUCCAAAGUGGUCCUAUGGACCGCAAGAUAUAUUUUGUUUGAAACCUUCUCCGCGGCCCAAGGGACCAUAUUUAAAUAUGCUGUACAGUUUGUUUGUACCGUCCAGGAUCCUUGAAACAUUACCCCGCACUUGGUCCAUUUGAUUUUUUUUAUAAUCUUCAACUCCGUUGUAUUUUAUUUGAUUAGAAUUUUAAAUUUUUGCUACCUGUACCUGGUGAAUUUUUUUAAGGGUAUAAAAAAAUUAAAUUAUUGGAUUAUUCAAUCUAGCGCUGUAGUUUUUGCAAUACUGAACAAAAUUAACUAAAGUAAAAGUGUGAAAGGGGUUUAAAGAUGACAGGAGGAUUAUGGGAAAUUCCGACAUGUCAUAAAUCAAACUUUUAGAACGAGCUCGGGUAUAAUUGAGUCACUUAGUAUUUUUUCACACAUAUUUCAAAAUGAUUCAGCAAAAAAUAAACAGUAGAUAAGUAAAUAUGAACUCAACCAAAAGCAUUAUUUUUAAACUCGUAAAUUAUAAAUUUCACUUUGGAAAUUUUCUUUUUAAAAACUUUAUUACCACAACAAAAUACAAGCUUCAAUUUUACUGAAUGAACUCAAUUAAUUCAAACGAUUAUAUUAACAAGAUUCAUUAAAAUGAUAUUUACAAAACUUCUAUUUAUAUUAGAAUAAUUGCUGAACAAUUUUUAGUAACAUGAUUUUUUAAAUUUUUAAAGUAGUUCGGUUUUUCUAGAUGUAACUCAUAACUCGUGUACUAUAUUUCAAAACACUUUACAUAAAACCAAAAAUCAUCUUAUAGGAAAUAUAAUAAAAAGAUUUAUUUAGAAUAAUUAGUGCAAAAAAUGGAAGUUUUUUGUGUGCGGUUCCUAGGACCGCUUUGGACCCUGGUUAAGCCGUAAACUUUCCAUUUUUAGGGGAAGGUUUAUCAAUUUUAAUAGAGGCUCAAUGUAUUAAGAUCGUUUUUAUGUAUUUUGAGAAGACUAUUACCUUUCUAAUUAAAAUUUGGUUCAUUGUAUAAAUAGUUUACUAUAAACAAUAAUCAAAUAAUAAUCAAUAGUCAAAUUAAAGGCAGAUAAGUAUAAAAAUCAAAAUUAUUUUCAAAGAUAUUAAAUCUUCUUCUUCUGCCUCUUUUAAUAGGACCGGGUCAUGUUCAAUCCUGUACGUUUGGCCCUCUUCCUGAGAAGCUGAACUCCAGAUCUCGUACCACCUUUUUGGUGGUCUCAGUAUCUUUGGUCUCUGAGUUUUAGUCCACUUUGCCCAUCUGUAUUCUGGCAUUCUUUCUACGUGAUCCCUCCAGAAUCUUUUUCGUGCCCCGACCCAUCUCACCACAUCCUGUACGCCCAAUUCUUCUCUUAUAUCAUCACUCCUUAUUCGGUCCCUGAGGGUGACUCCCUUGAUGGUUCGCUUGAUUAUGAUGACAUAAAAUUAUAUAAUUUACUAUUGUAACACUCGGUUAAUUGUAAAAUAAGCAGAGCUCAUCAACUUAUUUUAUGAAAAUAGUGGAUUCAUAUGAUUUUUGACUUUGGAAGGCUCUUCUUGUUUUUUUAUAAAGACAUACAGUGCAACAUCGUAAAUCCGGAAUCACUGUGAAAGAAUUGGUUCCGGUUUAUAGAUUUUUCCGUAUUUUAGAUUAUACGAAUAUUUGAAUGCAUUUAUGGUGGCACAAUCUAUCGCGCUAACGAGAAAUCAUAUCGCAUUUCAUAUUAAUGUAAACCGUGGUAGAGGUAUGCAUAAAAUAUAAUAAAAUCGCGAUUAAUACUGCACAAAAACA